UGUUCGUGUCUAUGGCCGCCCCGAUCGAAACACAACGAGCUACAACUAUUUUGAAUUCGUAAAUCAAUGUGCUCUUUAUUAUAAUAUUAUUUUAAACAAUACGACCUAAAUAGCAACGAAAUAUAAAUUAAGACUGUUUGUGAUUUGUCAAUCAGCAAGGACGUAAUUAGGAAAUUUAUUGUGUUUUUUUUUAUAGAAUAAAGUUCACAGAUAAGAUAUAAGAAACACAAUUAUCGUUUUCGUGUCAAGUGAUCGAUUAGUACUGACGUUUGGUUGAAUAGUGCAAUAUUUUAAAGUUUUUUUUUUUACAUCGGCUGUGUUGGGUGGACGAGCUUAAACUUUGGAUUUUAACAUUUUGAAAAGAUAACCACAAAAAUGUCACCCCAACUGCCGAUUACAGAUUAAAAAAGACAAACCAACAGCCAAAAUGUCAAUACACACGCGGAAGAGGCUGACGCGGUGACUUUUGCCUUUCGGAUAAAAAAAAAACAAAAAGCAACAUGGCGCUGUUGACGAAUUCGGCGUCUGCUACGGGACCGACGGCGACUGGGCCGGCGGCACCGCAGGCGCACCAUUCAACAACGCCAUUGCAUCAUUACUUCCAUUAUCUAAAGCAGCCUUCGCCGUUGGCUCAAAACCCUUAUGCCCAUCAUUCUAGUGCCCAUCACAUGGGCAUGGGACCAGGGCCUUUGGGUGGAUUGGGUCCGUUCGGUUUGACGCAUCACGGAUUGGAGGCAGUUGGAUUCCCACAAGGUGUAAACCCGCGUAAGCAGCGCCGGGAACGAACGACAUUCACCAGAGCUCAGCUCGACGUGUUAGAAGCGUUGUUCGGCAAGACGAGAUAUCCUGAUAUUUUUAUGCGGGAAGAAGUCGCCUUGAAAAUAAAUUUACCUGAAUCUAGAGUACAAGUUUGGUUUAAAAACCGAAGAGCGAAAUGCCGACAGCAACUCCAACAGCAAUCCAACACGCAAAUGUCCAGUAAAUCCUCAUCCAGUUCCAAAUCCUCGCUCUCCUCCAGCUCCAAUCUAAAAAGUUCCUCCAACACCUCUAAAACAACAUCAUCCAAAGCCCCACACUCCUCAAGCACCACCACCAACUCUUCCAGCAUCACCACAUCAUCCCCAAACCUUCCAAUCACACCGACCACUUCAGUCAGUCCACCUAUCAACGUUAUUUGUAAAAAAGAAUCUGCAAACUACGAAACAUCACCAUUAACUAAAAACAACCUUUCACUCACACACCAAUACAAUUCAGAAGCAAUCCGACUAAGCGGGAAAGAAUCUUCACCAUCAGAUAACAUCACAAAUGUCCACGGGUACGGAGUUACCCCAAAACAAGAAUUAUACAGCAGCCCUAAAAGAUUGGAUUAUAGCAGCAAAAUUGAUUACACGGAGAAAUCUUUCGGCAGUAACCUGGUGAAAGAUCAGUACAGCUCUCGUCUGACAGGGAACCUCACCCCCUUGGGUUCCAACUCCUCGAUCAUGACGACCCCAUCUCCUCCCAUCACGCCUCAGAGUAUCAAUGGACCGGGAAACGUCUAUCACCCGGAUUACAAUAGCUUCCAUUGGCCUGGCAGUUCUGAUUAUAUAAGAAGUUACUCCACCUCUCAUCAUCAUCAGGGAUACGGACAGAGUGCUUAUAAUUCACCAUAUUAUCCUAGCCAGAUGGAGUACUUCAACGGUUCGUCAGUGAACCAAUCGCACGGCAGUCACCAUGGUCAUAAUCUAACUGCCAACGGAAACCAGCUCUACAACCAAGUCUCCUUCGGCAACCCCUCCCCUCCCGCCGCCUGGCCCUCACACAAUAUCCUCUCUUCUGGCCCCGAAUCCCCUGAAAACCAAGCCCAAAACUCCCCCCACCUCAGCAUGCUCCAAGCAUCCCAAAUCACCAACUUCUCCAACUCUGGCAACACUUACUUCGCCCCCGAAAAGUACGGAAUAAACAUGGUGUAGUGUUUCUAGUCUUUCUUAUUUAGAUUUGUAAAUAUAAUUUGUUUUAUUGGGUGUGCGAUGAUUUUUAACAUUGGCCGAAUUACUGUAGAUCUAUUCGCUUCUGUACUUUUAAAAAUAUCACUCAUAGUCUAUGGUUACUAAUGUCAUUCGAAAUUGCAUUCGAUUUUCAAACGCUUUUGACAUUCCGUGUUACUUUCGCGCUAAUCCCGGCGGCGGAAUGUCAAAUGUGUGUGAAAAUCGUUCGCAAUUUCGAUGUAAAUACAUAUCAAUUAUUUUACGAACGAAGCGUAUUUAUUUAUCAGUAAUUCGACUAAUUUUAGAAUGAAUUAAUUUUAAUCAAACUUUCGGUCUUUCGUCAUUUCAAAUUGAAUUUUCGGACGAAAAAUAAAAUCACUCUUUGACACUGAUAAAAUAUUUUUAAAACUACAUUUCUUUCGAAGCGAUAUUCAUUUCUAGUUAAACGGAGUGAUUUCUUGAUUCGUCUGAAUUGUUAAUUUAAAAUCACUAAAAUAAGACCUAAAAAUUUCCUUUUCGUAAACGAAAAUCAACGAAUUUUGUUAAAAAAAAAAACUUUAGUGGCCUAUUCUUGAAACGAAACUGUUUACUUCGCCAUAUUUAAGUAUAGAUUUAAAGAAUUUUUUUUUAAUCGCUUCCUAAAAUUUUUAUAAAUUCCCCCGAGUCAUAUCACGUAUUAUAUUUAACUUAAGAUAUAUUGAGGGUCAUUUUCACUAUUUGUUUAUAUUUAAAAAUACGACACAAAUUUAUAUUUAAUUUUAAACAUAAACUAUUAAUUAAAAA